CGCAUGCGUGCAAUCUCGGCUACAUUUCUCCAUAGCAUUUCUCGGCUAAUGUUAGCGAAUAUUAGCUAACCAUUGAUAAAGCACAUUAUGGUCAUUUGUACUCAUUGACAUAUAUGUACUCGGCCUGCUCCAUAACAGCUCCGUUUCCGGACGAGUUAAAUUGGACAUGAAUCGCUACUAUUUCGGUUAUUAAGUCGCACUGGGUCUUUGUUCCCAUUUGCUGAAAAACUCCACUAACCGUCAGCCCUCUGUUUAUUGUCUGAAGUCAGGAGGUCCCCCUCCUUCUCAUUCCGCUGCUGUAGCAGCUGGGUCAGCACUAGCUGCUGCUACUGCUGUUGCUCUGGUACAUUUAGGAAGUUGUCCGUACUUGACUGCGCACGAACAACUCCAGCCCGUCCCGUGAGUCGUCUAUGAUGGGGAACUGAAGUCAAUAACUGUGGUGUCAGCGUGCGCUCCAGCAAGUUCACCAUGAUGUCCAUGACCUUCGGGGUGUCGAGCAGCGUGACGCUGCUGUUUGACUUCUGGGAUGUGCACGGGCCUACAGUGUGUGUGUGUGUGUGUGUCCAGGGAUGCUGCUGUCGGUGAUUGUGGUCUUUCUGCUGACCGUCUUCUACGAGCUGCUCAAAGUGUGGAGGGUGUGGCUGGGGAGCAGCUCUAAGCUGGCCCAGUCUCAGUCUCCGUACGCCGCACCCCCAUCCGUCCGCAGCGACAGCAUCUCCGCCCUGGAGAGCAGCAUCUCCGCCCUGGAGAGCAGCCCCUCCGAGUCCUCGCUGACCCCCAUGCAGACACCCCCUCCCACUGUGAACACCAGACACAGCUGGUUUCUGCACAGUAUCCAGACAGUCCUCCACAUGCUGCAGGUGUCUCUGGGCUACAUGCUGAUGCUGUGCGUCAUGUCCUACAACACCUGGAUCUUUCUCGGGGUCAUCGUGGGCUCUGUCGUCGGUUAUUUCAUCUCAUUUCCUCUCCUGGGUAAGAUCUGAUGGUAUGGACAGUGCAGGCAGAGGAUGGAUUCUCCCCCCCACAAGUUAAGAGGGUCUCCUGACACUAAAUGGUCUUUGACCAUUGGGACAAUGUGUAUGAUUUGGUUCUUUUGUGUUAAAGGGACAUAAUGUUUUGUUUCUGAGGCACAGUCUUGCUAAUCUUCUCAAACAGCCAACAUCUAAGUGAGUGAUGCAUGUGAAAAAUGGGAGUGCUGCUUGCUUAAACUCUUCUUCCUUUGUUUAUUUAUCCUAAAAUGCAUUGGAAUCUACCACAACACUCAGUGACAGAAAGUCACGCAUAGCUUGUGGCAUAUUUCGGUUUGUUUCUGUAAUUGUCUGUUUUCCUGGUCAACCUUGAUGGACAGUUUUUCUUUUCUUUUCUUUUUUCCUAACUACUACACAGUUCCCUGUAUUUUACUAAACCAUUCAAGGUGUUGUGACACUACCGGUGAUCAAAAUGUUUAAUGUCAUAAAAAGUAGAGCUCUGGCUUAGUUGAUAAGACACUGUCACUGUACAGUAGCUUUAAAGUGGAACUCACCCUAAAGACCUUUUUGUGUUUUUGACUGAUUAAGUAAGUAGUUUUGAAAACAGAUUUUUGUUUGCCGUGUUUUGGAGUGAAAUCUAAAAUCUGACUCCCACAUGGAGCUAAGACUUACAGUCAGAUGUCAUAAGACAGAGCUCAGAUUCAGGAACUGAAUCAUAUGAUUGUAGCUUGUUAACUUCUCUAAUCUUGGCUCGCUAACAGAUCAGUCCUAUUCUCACACGUACGUAUACCAGGGGACAGUGAGAGCUGAUCAUGUGGUUCUGUGGUUAAUCAUUGACAAACGACGAACCUGCAGAGAAAAGAGCCUCGCAACUGACAUUUCAGAUGUGUUUUCUGUUGUAUUUCAACAAGUAUGCUCUUUCCUUUUUAAUAUGGAGUAUUUUUUACUAGUUUUACAACAGAUUCAUAUAGAAACGUGUUCAAAUAUGUCUCGACGACUUGAGAUUAACCGUUAAAAUAUCAAUCAUUUUCUUCGUGAUGGUUUCGUCUCACAAGAACUUGGUCGACAAAAGUUAAAGAAUAAAGUUGAUGACAUUGUUUUAUUCAUCCAUUUCUUAUAUAAAAGUUGAGCUGCUCACACCAAACAUACAGGUUUUUAUAAUAAAUAAAAAGGAGAGGGUGACGGCCAGUGGUCCUCCAUUGGAAGUAAUGGGUCUGAAUCUAAAGGCAGAAAACUCAAAAUGUGCUUUGGAUACGGUGGCAGUAGGCCAUUUCACAACAGGACAUUGACUCAAGAGGAGGAAUUGCAGCUCUCCUCUCAGCAUUUAACAUCAGAUUGCAUUUUGGUGUGUUGAUGCACAAAAGUGAAACUAAUUCACCCAUUAGAGCGCAUGACGCUGACAACAAAAACAAUGUGGUGACACUUCAAAGUUUCCCUUAACUCCCUGGAAAGAAACUGAUAUUCAACUGCGAAAUAAUGAAAAAUCAAAAUGAAGAAGUCCUGGAAAGGACUAUGUAAUUUGGUACUAAUUAUUAUAAUAAAAAUGAAGACUUCAAAUUA